GGGCUGGGCGGCGUGCCUUCUCUCCCUCCCUCCUCCUCCUCUUCCCUGCUUCCUUCAGAGCCUUCCCUCCUCUCGCCGCCGCCGUUCCUACUCUCCCCGCGGCUCCUCUGGAUAUGGACAGCGCUUCGGCGGCGCUGGUGGUGGCCGGCGCGCCUUGCCUCCUUCUCCGGGGGCGGCUGCUCGGCUGAGGGAGAAACACAACGAGGAGGAGGAGGAGGAGGAAGAGGCGGCCGAGGCUGAGACUGAGGCAGCACACAAAGGCGCCCCCCGCCCCUCAACUUGGGUUUUGCAGACGUAUCCAGAGUUAGGAUUCUUGACUGCUGUGGAAGCUCAUUGAAUUUCUGAAGGCGAAAAAUGCUUGGCUUGGUCCAUCUUCCCCCUCUAUAGAACAUUUUUAUGUUAUUUGGUUAAAACCUGGAGUCCCUUCUCCAUUCUGAAGUCCAAAGAUUGUUGCAUGACUCAUUACAGGUAAACCAAGCAGAUAACUUGUGGAAAAUCAGUGAAGUGAAAGAAGACUCAGAGCACGUAUUGAACAGAAAUGGCUGUAUGGAUUUGGACACUGAGCAUUCUGAGCUAUUCUUGUGUUACCUGUGGAUUAAAGUCUAAGAACUGGGAUUCAUUCCAGAGUAAGACAGAACUGAGUCACCUGACAGUGAACCAUGAAACGGGGACAGUCUAUUUAGGAGCACUGAACACCCUGUAUCAACUCACAAAAGACUUGAAACCCUAUCCAUCAGUGGAGGAAGUAUCAACUGGACCACAUUUGGAUAACAAAAAGUGCACACCUCCCAUUGAUGAAAACCAGUGCACUGAAGCAAAAAUGACUGACAAUUACAACAAGAUACUUUUGCUGGAUAUGCAAGAGAGAAAAAUUGUGGUUUGUGGGAGCUUGUUUAAAGGCAUAUGUUCCAUCAGAGAGCUGGAGAACAUUGCCAACACAACUUACUAUGAGAAUGGCAGUGGAGAAAAAUCAUUUGUUGCCAGCAAUGAUGAGAAUGUCAUCACAGUGGGGUUGAUCACAUCUUUGAAAAGAGGUCGAAUGAUGUUUGUAGGAAAGGGAAAUGGACUAAAUGACAACGGGGUCAUAAUCAGCACUCGGCAGCUUUUUAAUGGAGAUAAUAGAGAGAUUUUUGAACUGUAUGCAGAUCAUGCAGCUAUUAAGUCGGCAUACCCAUCUGCAAGUUCACAACAGUUUCUGUAUGUCUUUGAAAACAAUAAAUUUGUGUAUUUUAUUUUCAAUCAAAAUAAUAAUCCAGGCACUAUUAACCGAACACUGAUUGGGCGUCUCUGUAAAGAUGAUGAAUCUUAUCAUUCCUACUUUGAAAUGGAUUUGGAAUGUCAGGAUGGUAGUGGACCUUACAAUCAAAGUAAUGCCAUCUAUGCCUCCAUACCUGUGCAGAUUCCAGGACAAGAUAAUGAAAUUUUAUCAGACACCAUACUUAUUGGACUCUUCAGGAGAAUGGGGAAAGGUUCCUUGGAAUGUGCCAUGUGUAGGUUUUCCUUGAAGGCAAUAAAUGAAAAGAUGGAGCAAAACCGGGAAAAAUGCUACAUGAAGGAUGAUCGAGAUGUGUUUUACAAGCCAUUUAGAACAGAACAGGCACCCUGUAUUACUGCAUCUCACCAGAAUUCAAGCCAAACCUUUCCAUGUGGUUCUGAACAUUUACCAUACCCUUUGGGGAGCAAAGAGGGCAUUUCUGCAGAACCAUUACUGAAAAAAGAUGGUAUAAAUUUGACUGCAGUUACUUUUACAGUAGAGAAUGGGAAGACUGUAGUAUUUGUUGGAACUUCGGAUGGCAGAAUUCUAAAGGUGGCUUUGUCUAAUCCUGCAAAGGAGUAUGCUAGUAUUCUUAUUGAAAAAAAUAAGCCUAUUCAGAGGGAUCUGGUUCUUGAUGCUACGCAUGAAAACUUAUAUGUCAUGACCACAAACAAGGUCUUUCGCUUACCUGUCCAAGAAUGUGCUAGUUACUCAUCUUGUAAUCAGUGCAUCCAAGCCCAAGAUCCUUACUGUGGCUGGUGUGUGACAGAAGGAAAAUGCACGAGGAAGAAAGACUGUGAAAGAUCGGCUAGGGCUAAAAAUUGGCUCUGGAGCCCAGAAGGUGUUUGUUUGAAUAUUACAAGUGCUAACCCUCAAAAUAUGAGCCGGAGAGCCCCAGGCAAGGUAGAAUUGACCAUAACCCCUUUACCAGAUUUAAAUGAAGAUGACCAGAUUUGGUGUCACUUUGGAAACAUGGUCCACCAGGCAGAGUUGCAAGGAGAGGCUAUUAUUUGUCAACCCCCUGAUGAAAUCCCUCCAACACCAAAAGGGCAAGAUUAUGUCUCAGUUCCUUUGAAUCUGACCUUUGGUGAUAAUAUAUUUUUUGCAUCGGGUAAAUAUCCUUUUUAUGACUGUGGAGAAGCAAUAAAUCAUAGUGAAAAUCAACCGUGCUUUUCUUGUGCAAGCAGUAGAUGGAAUUGCCAGUGGGACAGGGAAAACCAUAUCUGUGAAGAUGUCUCUCCAGACCAAGAUGCAAUUAAACAAAACAUGGAAGAAGAAUGCCCACACUUUCUAAAUCCCAGCCCUGAAAUAAUACCUAUGGAAGUCUCAACAAAAGUAUUUUUCGAAGGAAAGAAUCUAGAUCAUUAUCAGGGUAGCUAUUUCAGAAUUGGAAAUAAGCAGUAUGGAUUUGACACUGCAGUGGAACAAGAUGCUGAUGGAAAUUUCUACUUUCAAAGCCCAGUGAUUCCCAAUGUUGGAAAUGAAACUCUACCACUUAAGUUAUUCAUUAAGAUUGAUAAAGUCAUGAUUGACAGCAAACUGAUUGUGACAUUAUACAGCUGUUCCUAUGGUCGGGAUGACUGCAGUUUGUGUCUUGCGGCUCAAUAUGAAUGUGUCUGGUGUGAUGCCAGCAAGAGCUGUGUCUACAAAGAACCGUGUUUAUCUGCUACUGAAACCUGCCCUCCUCCAGUCAUUACCCAGAUUGAACCAAAAAAUGGACCACUAAGUGGUGGAAUCUUGUUGACCAUAAUGGGAUCUAAUUUGGGCAUCACAGCAAUGGAUGUUAAAAAUAUAAUGGUGGCAGACACUCCAUGUAUCUUUAGAGAAGAAUUCUACUCUGUUUCUACCAAGAUUGUCUGUGAGGUUGGAAGUGUGACAACAGAAACAGAAGGUGUAAUUGAAGUUGACAUAAAUGGACAAAAAGGCACUUCCACACAUGAAGUGCAGUUUACAUAUCAGGACCCUGAACCUAUAGGAAUACAUCCCCAGAAAGGCCCCCAAGCUGGGGGGACUAUCUUGACUAUCAGUGGCACAAACCUAGACACUGGUUCUAUCCAAGAUGUUAAAGUCUACCUUGACCAUGAACCCUGUAGAGUCAUCAAAUUUGGACAAGAAAUCGUCUGUGUUACUGGUCCAAAUAAUAGGGAAGGGCCUGUUUCUGUAACGGUACAGCAUGGAGGCACUCGGAAAACCAUACAAAACGAACAAUUUACCUACACUGAAAAUCCUACAGUUACAAAGAUUACCCCUGAAGCCAGCAUUCGCAGCGGUGGGCGUAAUAUUACUGUAGUUGGAGCUGGUUUUGAUAUAAUUCAGAAUUUCUUUGUGGAAGUUGUAUUUAAGCCCUUCGGGGAUAUAUCUUCUAAAAGAAAAAAGAGAGAGACAGAAGAGUUGCAAAAGUUUGAAGGACAAACAAUAUCAAAGCUCAAUGACACUGCAAUAGUGUUCUUAUCUCCACCAGUAUUGGAGGAUCCAGAAAACUACAGAAUUGCUAUACUUAUUAAAAUGGAUGGUCAUGUGGUGGAAAGGGAUUUCCAAUAUGUUGCUGAUCCGACUUUUGAGAACUUUACUGAUGGUAUCAAAAAACAGGUCAACAAACUUAUUCAUGCAAAGGGUAGUAAUCUGAACAAAGCUAUGACGAUGGAUGAGGCUCGUGCAUUUGUGGGAGAGGAACCCUGCAACAUAACAACCCUGACGGAGAAGGAUUUAUACUGUGAACCACCUGAAGAGCAGCCCCCUCCCAAGCGAAGACAGAAGAGAGAUACAGUUAAUAACCUGCCAGAAUUCAUUGUGAAAUUUGGCUUCAAAGAAUGGGUCCUAGGAAGAGUGGAGUACACCCAAGUGAGUGACAUACCACUGAGUUUGAUCUUACCACUGGUAAUUAUUCCUAUGGUGGCCAUUAUCUUCAUCUCAAUAUACUGCUACAGACGAAAAAGCCAACAAGCGGAACGAGAGUAUGAAAAAAUUAAAUCACAACUUGAAGGCUUGGAAGAAAGCGUCAGAGAUCGGUGCAAAAAGGAAUUUACAGAUCUAAUGAUAGAAAUGGAAGAUCAGACAAAUGAUAUCAAUGAAGCACGGAUUCCAGUACUGGACUACAAAACCUAUACAGACAGAGUCUUCUUCUUGCCAUCCAAAGAUGGAGAAAAAGAUGUAAUGAUCACUGGGAAAUUGGACAUUCCUGAAGCCAGGCGAUCAACCGUGGAACAGGCAUUGAAUCAAUUCUCCAAUCUGCUUAAUAGUAAAUCAUUUCUCAUUACUUUCAUUCACACGUUGGAAAACCAAAGGGAAUUUUCUGCCCGUGCAAAAGUAUAUUUUGCAUCUCUCUUGACUGUGGCUUUGCAUGGGAAGCUAGAAUACUAUACUGACAUCAUGAGGACAUUGUUUUUGGAGCUGAUGGAGCAAUAUGUUGUGGCCAAAAAUCCUAAACUGAUGCUCCGAAGAUCAGAAACUGUGGUGGAAAGGAUGCUUUCCAACUGGAUGUCAAUUUGCCUGUAUCAGUAUCUCAAGGACAAUGCUGGGGAGCCUCUUUAUAAGCUAUUCAAGGCUAUCAAACAUCAGGUGGAAAAAGGACCCGUGGAUGCUGUGCAAAUGAAGGCCAAAUACACACUGAAUGACACCGGAUUGUUGGGAGAUGAUGUAGAAUAUUCGCAACUUACUGUAAAUGUGAUUGUCCAAGAUGAAGGCACAGAAUCUGUACCAGUGAAAGUACUCAACUGCGAUACUAUUUCUCAAGUAAAAGAGAAGAUCAUAGACCAAGUCUAUCGAAAUCUGCCUUAUUCACAGUGGCCAAAGUCUGACAGCGUAGUUCUCGAGUGGCGUCCAGGUUCUACAGCACAGAUACUCUCAGACUUGGAUUUGACAUCCCAAAGAGAUGGCAGGUGGAAACGCAUCAAUACCCUGAUGCAUUAUAAUGUGCGAGACGGUGCUACUCUAAUUCUCUCAAAAAUGGGGAUCUCCCAACAGCCAGAGGACCACCAAGACUUGCCAGGGGAAAGGCAUGCAUUGUUGGAAGAGGAAAAUAAGAUUUGGCACCUUGUUCGGCCAGUAGAUGAAGUUGAUGAAGGUAAAUCUAAAAGAGGGAGUAUGAAAGAGAAAGAGAGAACCAAAGCUAUUACAGAAAUCUACCUAACAAGACUCCUCUCUGUGAAGGGUACACUUCAGCAGUUUGUAGAUAACUUUUUCCACAGUGUACUUGACUCAAACCACGUUGUGCCACCAGCUGUGAAAUACUUCUUUGAUUUUCUUGAUGAGCAAGCAGAAAAGCAUGAUAUCAAAGAUGAAGAUACAAUCCACAUCUGGAAAACGAACAGCUUGCCACUUAGGUUUUGGGUAAACAUAUUGAAAAACCCGCAUUUCAUCUUCGACGUUCAUGUUCAUGAAGUAGUGGAUGCUUCCUUGUCAGUCAUUGCACAGACUUUCAUGGAUGCUUGCACAAGAACAGAGCACAAAUUAAGCAGGGACUCUCCAAGCAACAAGUUACUUUAUGCAAAAGAGAUCUCUACAUAUAAGAAGAUGGUAGAAGAUUAUUACAAAGGUAUUCGCCAAAUGGUACAAGUGAGUGACCAGGACAUGAAUACACAUUUAGCAGAGAUCUCUAGGGCGCACACAGACUCAUUAAACACCCUUGUGGCUUUACACCAGCUCUACCAGUAUACUAACAAGUACUAUGAUGCGAUCAUAAAUGCACUAGAAGAGGACCCAGCUGCACAGAAAAUGCAGCUUGCGUUUCGAUUACAACAGAUAGCAGCUGCUUUAGAGAAUAAAGUGACGGACCUUUGAUCUUGAAAGCUGCAAUAAAGAAGUCUGCUCUGAAGAUGUGUAAAUUCAUUCUUCCUAAUAUGGAAAUAGUGUUCUAUUUUUUAAUGUGUAAUUACAACUUUAAAUGAAACACAAAGGAUUUCUUUUUUUAUAUAGCAAAGUUGUAAUGUAAAGAGUUUUUACUGUAAAUUAUGCUUCUAAUUAAAACUUUGUGUCGUGUGUAAAUUUCCAGUGGGAAAUGAGGGACGCCCACAAGGGUGGGGUGGGUAAAGUUAUAUCUCAUUUAAUCAAAUAGUACAAUCUUGAAACAUCAGCAUUUUUAGACGUCAUUAUGCUAGUAAAUUCACUACCUAUAGCAUCCUUUAUAUUUUAAGCAAUAUUUGUACUAGAAAAGUGAUAGCAUAUUGGGAAAAAAAUAAUGCAAUACCCCCGUUUUAAUUUUAAUAAUUGGAAAUAGAUUUUCUACUCUUUUGAACGUUCCCGUCGUCCAUAUUUUGCUCAUAAUGAGUAGAAUAAAAGACACACCUGCUAUGACUUUCCUGUUUAAGACAUUGCAGUGGAUGUUGGUACCAUGCAUCUUUUACACACUCAAAGUGAGGUUUAUAAACAUGAAGUGCUAAAACACUGGUUGUAUCUGCUGCUCUCAAGCAAAGCAGAGAGUGCUGUAGAUUAGUCAAGGUGGCCUGAGCCUUCUUCUAGAAAGAUGCAUAUUUCCUGAGAAUAUAUACCUUUUAACAACCACAUGAAUGUGCUUCAAGAAUAGAGUCCCAGCACUGGGAACAUGGAAGGCACUUAAGGUCUUCAGUGUUUUGUUCCAGUAAGAUCAGGUAUCUCUGGAUAACCAAAGCUGGUCCAAUGUGCCACGGAUAUAAGGCAACUGAGAAUGGACAAACUUCUCUUUCCUCAUUUCAGAGAAGGGAUUGUUCAUGCCUACCCAUGGCACUCUUGUUGCCACAAAGGUUAUAACAUAUAUUGAGGGGCUAAGUGCCCUACAGAGGGUCUGUAUCCAGCCAAAGCAAGGUCAGUUUUGGCUAUAUAAAAGCACCAUGGGAUAGAUAGGCAGAGCUGCUUUAGUAAUCGUGAGAGAAUGAUAGCAAAGGUCUGUUAUCCAAGAACCAGAAAUGCCCGGAUCUGGUGUACCUCUAAAGCAAUGGUUCUCGAUCUGUGGGUGCCCAGAUGUUUUGGCCUUCAACUCCCAGAAAUCCUAACAGCUGGUAAACUGGGUGGGAUUUCUGGGAGUUGUAGGCCAAAACAUCUGGGGACCCACAGGUUAAGAACCAUUGCUCUAAAGAGAAGACCAUUUCUGAUCCCUGGUGAAUAAUACUAGUGGUGAAAUCUAAUUUGAAAGUGAGAAAAAUCAAAUUGGCCUUCCUUUCUUUUUCUUUACUUUUUUUAAAUUGUUUUAUUACAUAUGCUAAUGUGCCUUACUUGUACUAAUUAUGUGGAUCUGGAUGGUUUUGUAAAGAGAAUCGUAUCAAAAAAUAUUUAUGUGUGGUUUGAUGACUUUGUGAGAGAAAUUGACCAGCAGAAUGCUUGUAAUUAGCUUCUUGCCAAUAAUGUGCUGUUUGACAUGAUUCGAGUAUGUGUAUCUUUUUGUUGGAAUGGCUCAUAGGAUUUUUUUUAUGAAUCUUUCCACUACACUAGGGAAAUAAACAGAGGGGUUUUUUUGAAAAAAAAAAUAAGAUAAACAAACAAAAACCUGUAUCCAUAAUGUAAAAUACUCAUUGUAAGAAAAUCCCAUGCCCCUUCUAACGUAAAACACCACUUGAGCCUUGGAAUGCUGCAAUGGAUGGAGUAAGCAUCAUUAACUUUUCUGUGGAAAUUAAGUAAUGUGUCGAAGAUGUAAUGUGUGUUUACAAUAUUAGUCAGCUUCCAGGAAAAUUGAUAAAGCUUGGUACGUUAUCUUAUAUUGCUAUGUUGCACAAGAAAAGAGCAAUCCCUGUUGCGUUCACCAUAGUUCUUUGGCAGCUCGGUAGCAUUUUUCCUGUAGCACUGCCAUUGAAACCCAUUUCUUUUUGCUAUUGCUGUUGUAUUCCUGUCCUGUGACACCUUAAACUUGCUUGGCUCUUAACACAGUAACAGAGCUUCGUUUGCUACCUCUCCCUGAGUUUAAUCUAAACGUUUGUCCUGAUGUCUCAUCCUCAAAUGUAUAAGUAAUCCCUUCUUCAUUUCUAUGGAGUGAGUCAUUAGCGGUGUAACUGAUGGAAAAAAUUAAUUGCUUACAGUGGAAAUUAUGAGUUCCCAUAGAAGAAAGGGGGAGAGAAACAGGGUGUCGCUUUUCAUGGUUUUCCUUUCAUAAUACCUUUAUGCUUCCAUCUGCAUAUGCAUCUCCACACCCCUGGAAUGUAAGUGACCACAAAUUGUUGGGAGCAGUUUACCUAAGAAUUCUGUGUCAAACUCAGCUUCUGUACUUGCCUUCUGUCUGAUCAACAAAGAUAUCCAAAACUGCUGAUCGGUUUUAUUUUGUCAUUGUUUGUAAAUCCUGUUAAUUGUAAAUCAAAUACAAUUUUUUUCCACAAAGUGUGA